AGGAGGAAGAGGAGGAGGACAAGUAGGAGGAGGAAGAGGAGGAGGGACGGGUGAUGCAAGGAUUUUGAAAAAAAAAAAAAAAAAGCACACUACCUCCAUGUGGGAGGUGGAACCUGGUCAUUUGGUUCUGCUUUUCCCAGCAGGUACCUCUCCCCUGGGGAACUUGGAUGUUUGAGACAGAGGCAGAUGAGAAGAAGGAGAUGCCCCUGGACGAGGGGAAGGGGCCAGGUGCUGAGGAACCCACACCCAGCAAAGACCCCUCUCCUGGCCAGGAGUUUCCUGCAGGACAAAACCUCCCACCCAGGAAGGACCCCUCUCCCGGCCAGGAGCUUCCUCCAGGACAAGACCUCCCACCCAGGAAGGACCCAUCUCCCACCCAGGAGCUUCCUCCAGGACAAGACCUCCCACCCAGGAAGGACCCAUCUCCCACCCAGGAGCUUCCUCCAGGACAAGACCUCCCACCCAGGAAGGACCCCUCUCCUACCCAGGAGUUCCCAGCAGGAGAAGACCUCCCACCCAGGAAGGACCCCUCUCCCACCCAGGAGCUUCCUCCAGGGCAAGACCUCCCACCCAGGAAGGACCCCUCUCCCACCCAGGAGUUUCCAGCAGGACAAGACCUCCCACCCAGGAAGGAUUCGGGGCAAGAAACUGCUCUUGGCUCAGAGUCACUAUCCAGUGAAGACGCAGCAUCCUGCCAAGAGCCCCCUCAAAGCCCAGAAACCUCAACAGGCAAGGACUCCCCACCAGGCCAGGAACCCCCUCCAACCACAGAACUCCCGUCUUGCCAGGACCUUCCUGCUGGUCAAGAAGCCACUCCUAGGCAGGACCCUCUGCCCAGUCAAGAGCUCCCUGUCACCCCAGAACCAUCUGCCGCUGUCCAGAACCUUCCACUGUCUCAGGAGUCACCUCCCAGCCAGGGCUCCCCACUGGAAAAGGCCAGUGCUGAGCAGAGCACCAGCUCUGGGGAGCUACCAGCAGCCACUGUAGCUGUCCCUCCAGCCUCCAGACCUAACUUCGUGAUCCCUGAGGUCCGGCUAGAUAGUGCCUACAGUCAGCAGGAUGGGGCCCAUGGGGGCAGCUCUUGUGAGGAUGAGGAUGCAGAAGAUGGAGAGGAGGGGGAAGAGGGGGAGGAAGACGAGGAGGACGACACCAGCGAUGACAACUAUGCGGAACGCAGUGAGGCCAAGCGCAGCAGCCUGAUCGAGACUGGCCAAGGCGCUGAGGGCGGCCUCUCGUUGCGUGUGCAGAACUCGCUGCGGCGCCGGACGCACAGCGAGGGCAGCCUGCUGCAGGAGGCCCGUGGACCCUGCUUCUCCUCUGACACCACCUUACACUGCUCUGAUGGCGAGGGCACCACAUCGUCCUGGGCCAUCCCUUCACCCCGCACCCUCAAAAAGGAACUGGGUCGUAAUGGAGGCUCCAUGCAUCACCUGUCUUUGUUCUUCACUGGACACAGGAAGAUGAGUGGGCCUGACCUCGGCGAUGAUGACGAAGCUUCCCGGAAGAGAAAGAGCAAGAACAUAGCUAAGGACAUGAAGAAUAAGCUGGCUAUCUUCAGGCGGCGGAAUGAAUCUCCAGGGGCCCAGCCAGCCAGCAAGACAGACAAGACAACCAAGUCCUUCAAGCCUACCUCGGAGGAAGCCCUCAAGUGGAGCGAGUCCCUGGAAAAGCUGCUGCUUCACAAAUAUGGCUUAGAAGUGUUCCAGGCCUUCCUUCGCACUGAGUUCAGUGAGGAGAACCUUGAGUUCUGGCUGGCUUGCGAGGACUUCAAGAAGGUCAAAUCACAGUCCAAGAUGGCAGCAAAAGCCAAGAAGAUCUUUGCUGAAUUCAUCGCCAUCCAGGCUUGCAAGGAGGUAAACCUGGAUUCCUACACACGAGAACACACCAAGGAAAACCUUCAGAGCAUCACUCGAGGCUGCUUUGACCUGGCACAAAAACGUAUCUUUGGGCUGAUGGAAAAGGACUCGUACCCUCGCUUCCUCCGUUCUGACCUCUACUUGGACCUCAUUAACCAGAAGAAGAUGAGUCCCCCACUCUAGGGACCACCAGUUUCCAGCUCAGCGUUCACACCAAGCGGAGUGGGCUUGCUACCCACCCGCCUCCCUCCCCUGUGACGGAGGGGGCAAGUGAGCCCCCAGAGGCUAUGUCUCCAGACAGACAGAUGGACUUUUGGAUUCGAGGCCUGGACUGAGAGAGGCCCAGGCCACUACAGGAGUAAGAGGACCGGGAGCAUCAGGUCCUCAAGGCCCCAGUACGAGGGGACCAAGGGCCCUGGCAGGUCAGGGGCCCUGGAGGAAGCAGAUCAGGAGCUGUGACUCCCCUGCUUUGGAGAUUCGGAGACUUCCCGCUGACCAAGUUCCUUAGAGAACUGGCUGGAAGUGACAGGAGGCCCAGGCCUGGGCUCCAGGGGGCCGUCCUGGGGGCUGUUGGGGCCCACAGCUCAGACCCUCCCCUGUCGAGUUUUAUUUAUUUAAACAGUAGUUGGACGCUUGGCACAUGAACUGUAAUAGGAAGCCCUCACCCUGUCAGUUUUCUUAACUUACAAGUGCAAUAUCUUAACCAAUGCCUUGCGAAGGCCACCUGUAGGGGGUGGCCGCCACCCUACAGUUUCAGGGCAUUUGCUGGUCCCAGGAACCAGUGGUGGCAGCUGGACCUUCUAGUACUGACAAGGCCUUAGGGAGAUGCUGCAGAAAUCUGGCACCCCCUGGGUGGGGUGUCCCUCCAAGAGAACUGGGAAAGCAUAGUGCCCUCCGGCCACCCAGAAACAAGUGCUGGAACAAAUAAAAAGGCCGGUGUUAUUCUCAUUCUUGGUCUUCGAGUGUUCCUGGUCUCUAGCCUGGGAGGUGUACUGUCAUCCCAAUGGAUACAUUUCUUUCCUGCAGGCCACCCUGGAGCCAUGGACAGUGCUGUAUGUGGGCGGGGUGGUUCUGCUAGCCUGCAUGCUUCUGAGGAUCUUGGCCUGUGCCCUCAUUUUUCAGAAGAGGACAGUGAAGCAAGUUAGGUGACUUGGGUAAGGUCCUGGGGCAGCAAGCAGCAGAGAGCAGGAGACUACGGAAGCCUGAUUGGCCCUAACAUUGUGGUGUUGGCAGCUCAGUGGGGUGGCUGCUCAGUGGGGUGGCUGGCUGCCU